AUGAAUUAUUUAUUUAAUCAAUUCGAUAUUUAUCAUCACCUAAAUUUUGCAUCUUUAACAACUAUACUAUACAUCACCUAAAAAAUACUGAUAACUUCAUUGAUUCAAAAUUAUAAAGAAAAUGAUGACUAAUUAGGUAUUUGAUAAAAAUUAAAAAAAAGAUAAUAAUACAUUAAUACACUUUGAAUUGUUUAUAAGUUAUCCUACAUUGCUUAUACUAAUAAGUACUAUUGCAAAUACUACAUAAUUAAUUUUUGCAUUUUUUUUGCAAUAAAUUUCUGGUUUAUCAUUAUUAAUUUGUUUUAUUUCAUCCUCAAUAAUAAAUGGAAUUUCUAUUUGGUGGGCAUUAGUUAAGUUAAGAAGAACUUCUUAUAGAAAAUCAAGGCUUUUAUGGUUUUUAUCUUAAAAUCUUUUACUUGUAAAAUAUGAUAAUUCAAUAUUUUUAGAUAAUAAUUUUAUUGUAUUAAGAAUUUAAUAUUAGUGGAUUGUUUGCAGUAGGUAUAUCUUUUGUACUUUAAUUGAUUGGAAUAUUUUUAGGAAUGGCCAUAGGAUCAUUAUAUAUUCAAGAUGCAUAUGGAGAAUUUAAAUAAUAAUUCUUAGAUAAUCCUCAAGCUACUUCAAUCAAAAAAUAAAUCUCUUUUCAUAUUUAUUAUGGAUUGUUACCUUUUUUGUCAUUGAUUAGAAUCAGUCAAUAAAUUGUAUUUGAUAGAUUAUUUAAUAAUACUUUUGAUUUGUUGUAUUUUGCUUUAAUUCAAUUUUUUUAAACAAAAAUAAUGACUUAUAAUGAUGAAAGUAGUUUAAAAUCUAAUUGGGGAAUUAAAAGCAUGAAAUUGUCUAAGUAAAUAAUUUAUUAAAUUUUAAUUUAGAUCUCCAAUGUAUUAUUUAUUAAUCUAUUAAUGUAUAAUAUCUUUGAACAGAAUAGAAUCAUUUGAUUUUAAUAAUAUAAAAAAUAUAGCUCUUUGUGAUUUUAUGAUAUUUGUUAUUUCAAAUGGAGCAGUUGGAUUAUCAUCAAUUUUAGUUUAGAAAUAUUUAUAGGAAUAGAAAAAAUGA